AUGAGCUCUGUAAAAGAUUUUGUGCACCACCAUGGUGGCCACAGUGUCGUGACAAAAAUUCUGAUUAGCAACAAUGGCAUUGCCGCGGUGAAGGAAAUACGAUCCGUCCGGAAAUGGGCGUACGAGACGUUCGGUAACGACCGUGCCAUUCAGUUCACCGUUAUGGCUACGCCGGAAGAUUUGAGCGUAAAUGCAGAGUAUAUCCGCAUGGCUGAUCAAUUCGUCGAGGUGCCUGGCGGACCGAACGGCAACAACUACGCGAAUGUCGACCUGAUUGUAGACAUUGCAGAGCGUGCUGGCGUCGAUGCUGUCUGGGCUGGCUGGGGCCAUGCGUCCGAAAACCCACGUCUGCCCGAGGCGCUCUCGCGUCUAAACCCCCGCAUCUUGUUUAUUGGUCCUCCUGGCUCGGCAAUGCGAUCGUUGGGCGACAAAAUCUCGUCGACCAUUGUUGCGCAGCAUGCCGACGUACCGUGCAUGCCUUGGUCUGGUACUGGCAUCACGGACACCAUAGUCGGCCCCGAGGGAUACCUCACGGUUUCGGACGAGGUGUACCAGCAAGCCUGUGUACACUCUGCCGAAGAGGGCCUUGAAAGCGCGCUCCGCAUUGGGUUUCCGGUGAUGAUCAAGGCCAGCGAAGGCGGCGGCGGCAAAGGUAUCCGCAUGUGCGCUUCCGCCGACGAUUUCUCACAGCUGUACCAUGCCGCCGUCGGCGAGGUGCCCGGCUCGCCGAUCUUCAUCAUGAAAUUGGCCGGACAGGCACGCCAUUUGGAAGUGCAGUUGAUUGCUGACCAGUACGGGAAUGCAAUGAGCCUGUUUGGCCGCGACUGCUCCGUCCAGCGGCGCCAUCAAAAGAUCAUCGAAGAGGCGCCGGUCACCAUUGCGCCCAAAGCGGCGCGCAUAGCGAUGGAGCAAGCCGCCGUGCGUCUGGCAAAGCUUGUUGGUUACGUCUCUGCCGGCACCGUCGAGUGGCUCUACUCUCCUGAUACCAAUGAGUUUGCAUUUUUGGAACUGAACCCCCGGCUCCAAGUCGAGCACCCCACGACGGAAAUGGUCACUAGCGUGAACAUCCCUGCAACACAGCUGCAGAUUGCCAUGGGGAUUCCGCUAUACCGCAUCGCAGCCAUUCGCGAGCUGUACGGCCUCCCUCUUACUGGUACGGAGAAGAUCGAUUUUGGCGAGCAGCCGACGCAGCGCUCGCCGAUGCAGAUUGAGCCCGCACCACACGGCCAUGUAAUUGCCUGUCGCAUCACAGCAGAGAAUCCCGACACGGGCUUCAAGCCAGGCGUCGGCAUGCUCACCGAGCUCAAUUUCCGCUCGAGCACCUCGACGUGGGGCUACUUUAGCGUGAAUGCCGCCGGUGCGCUGCACGAAUAUGCCGACUCGCAGUUUGGCCAUGUGUUUGCGUACGGCAAGGACCGCGAAGAAGCGCGAAAAAACAUGAUCUUCUCCCUCAAGGAGCUCUCCAUCCGCGGCGAGUUCCGCACCACGGUCGAGUACCUCAUCAUGCUUCUGGAAACCGAGGCAUUCACCGAGAGUACAUUCACUACUGGCUGGCUCGAUCGCCUCAUCCAGGACAAGGCGACUGCGGAGCGUCCCUCGCGCGACUUGGCCGUGAUUUGUGGUGCGGCUGUCAAGGCGCACGAACUCGCACGCGAGUGUGAGGAAGAGUACAAGCGGAUCCUGCACCGCGGCCAAGUUCCGCCGCGCAAUACCAUCCGCAUUGGAUUCCCGGUCGAGUUCAUCUACGACCACCACAAGUACCACUUUACCGUCACGCGCUCUUCUCGCAUGGGUCUUACGCUCCAGAUCAACGGCCAGACCAUCCGUGUCUCCCUCCGCCCGCUGCGCGACGGCGGACUGCUGAUUGGCAUUGCCGAGCAGUCGUACGCUGUCUAUUCCCAUGAAGAAGUCGGCCAGAUGCGCUUGUCUAUCGACGGGCGCACUUGCCUGAUUGAAGAGGAGAACGAUCCCUCGCAGAUCUGCAGUCCUUCCCCUGGUAAGCUCGUGCGUCUCCUCGUAGAAAGCGGCGCGCACGUCUCGGUAGGCCAGACGAUUGCCGAGAUUGAGGUGAUGAAGAUGUACCUUCCGCUCAUGGCGCUGGAAAAUGGUGUGGUGACCUUUGUAAAGUCCCCUGGCGUCUCGCUCAACCCCGGCGACCUGCUUGGCAUCCUUGCCGUCGAUGAUCCCACCAAGAUUCAGCGCGCCGCGCUCUUUACCGGCAUGCUGCCCGAGUUCGGCGCGCCGGACAUUGCCGGGAGCAAGCCGCAGCAGCGCUUUGAGGCCGCGCUGGCCGUCUUCAACGCGAUUCUCGAAGGGUACGACCAGGACGAGCUUUUGGAGUACAGCUUGAAGGAGCUCGUAGAGACGAUGCAGAUGCCCGAGCUGCCCUACUUGCAGUGUCUGCAGGCCAUGUCUAGCCUGAGUGGCCGCCUGCCCGGCACGCUCGAGGACGAGCUGCGCGGCAUGCUCGAAGAUGCACAACAAGCCAACGUGCCUUUUCCUGCCAAAGCCCUCCGCGACAAGCUCGACGCGGCGAUUGCGGGCAUUGCGGACGCCACGCUGCGCAUGGCGCUGGAAGGCAACGUCGCGCACCUCUACGCCGUUUUCGACGACUAUGCCGGCGGCGGUCUGCGCUACUAUGAGAUGACUGUCUUUUCGCGCAUGCUCGAAAAGUACUUUGAGGUCGAGUCGCAGUUCAGCAGCGGCCCCGAGGCUGUGCUGCACCUGCGUGCGAGCUCCGAGGGCGACCUGAGCCAGGUCGUCGCGCUGCAAAUCUCCCAUGCCGGCAUCCAGCGCAAGAACACGCUGCUGACCAAGCUGUUUGACCGCCACAUCCGCCAGUCGGGCAUGGUGAGCAAGACGGAGCACUCGCAGCGCAUGGUAAGCAUCGUGCGUAAACUCUCCACGCUCGGCGGCCUGAAAACCGCGCCUGUGGCGCUCAAAGCGCGCGAGACGCUCCUCAGCGCCGAGAUGCCCAGUCUCGAAGAACGCAAAGAGCAAAUGGGCGAUAUUCUGCGCUCCUCUGUCGCCAGUGCCGACGAGCUGCACGCGCCGCAGCUCGGUGUCCUCCGCGAGCUUUCCGACACCGCCUUCAAUGUGUUCGACGUGCUUCCCGUCUUUUUCUACGACGCGCAGCUGCCCGUGGCGUAUGCCGCGCUGAUUACCUAUGUCAUCCGCGCCUACCGCGCCUACGACAUUGUCUCGUUCAACUUUGGCGCGGAAAAGAUCGGUGGCGAGGCGCGUGCGCUCAUCACCUGGCACUUUCAAAUGUCCCAGGACGUGCUGCUCAACCGCGCCAAGGACAAAGAGCGCCAGGCGAGCUCGACCGACCUUGCCGAGCACAUGCACCGCCGGACGCGCCCCAAGCUGCGGCUCGGUCUUAUGACGAGCUGUGCGAAGCUCGCGCAGCUCUCCGACACGCUCGCGGCGAUCAUCAAGUACUUCGGCAGCAAGGCCACCGAGCCGGUGAAUGUGCUCAACAUUGCCGUGACGCACGAAGAGGAAAUGAGCGCGUCCAAGCUCGUCGCAUGGAUUGGCUCUACGAUCCUCGGCCACUGCGACAGCCUCAACAUGGCGGGCCUGCGCCGCGUCACGGUUUUGGUGUGCCACGCCGGGAUUUACCCGCUCUUUGUCACCUACCGACGCCUCGAUUCCGGCGAAUGGCGCGAGCAGCGCGCCAUCCAGAACGUCGAGCCCGCCCUUUCCUACCAGCUUGAGCUGGACCGGAUCACGAAAAACUUUGAGGUGACGCCGGUGCCGAUGAGCUCUUCCACAGUGCACCUGUACUACGCACGCGGCCUGGCAAACCGCGCCGAUAUUCGCUUCUUUGUCCGCGCCCUGAUCCGCCCAGGGCGCCCCACGGCCAAUGUCCCGCUCUAUCUCUUGACCGAGAGCGACAGGGUCUUGAACGACAUCCUCAACAUGCUCGAAGUCGCUCUGGGCCGGCCCGAGUACUGCAAUGCAGAUGCCUCGCACAUCUUCAUGUCUUUCCUCUACCCUUUGGAGAUCACCCUCGAGGAACUGCUCGAAAUGUUUGACGCCUUUGUCGCGCGCCACGGCGCGCGCAUGACGCGACUGCGCGUCAUUGAGGCCGAGAUCCGCAUCGUGCUGCAGACACCAAACGGCCCGCGCCCCAUGCGCGUCUUUGUCACGACCGAGACGAGCUUUACGCUGCGCAAAGAGGUGUACGACGAAGUGAUCGACUCCAACGGCGCCGCGAUUCUCAAGCCGCUCGGCCUUGAUCCGCACAGCGCGCUGCAGCGCAAGAGUGCGCACCAGGCGUACCAAAACAGGCUAGCGCUGCAGAUGCGCCGCUCGCGCGCGUUUGCGCUCGGCACCACGUUUGCCUACGACCUGAUCGAUGCGCUGCGCCACGCGCUGCGCCGCUCUUUUGCCGCCGACGCACCCAAAGAGCCCGUGCGCAAAGUCGAGGAGCUUGUGUUUGAUUCGCAAGAAAACCUACUCGUCACAGUCCGGCCGCCUGCGCAGAACAAGAUUGGAAUGGUGGCCUGGCGCCUCGUGAUCCAAACGCCCGAGUGCCCCGACGGCCGCCCGCUGAUGCUGAUUGCGAACGACGUGACACUCUUUGCGGGCUCCUUUGGCCCCGUCGAGGACCGCUUCUUUGCCCAGGUGAGUCGGCGCGCGCGCGCCGAAGGCAUCCCGCUCCUCUACGUCUCGUCCAACAGCGGCGCGAGGAUCGGCCUCGCGACCGAGCCCAUGGACCUGUUCCAAGUCAAGUUUACCCAGGACGACCCCAGCAAGGGCUUCGACUACCUCUACCUCGACGACCAGGGCAUGCAAGCGAUUGCAAAGAGCGCGCCGGGCUCGGUCAAGACCCGCGAACAUGUCCUGCCCGACGGCACGAAACACCACAUCCUCACCGAUCUCAUUGGCAAGCCGGACGACGGUCUCGGCGUCGAGUGCCUCUCUGGCAGCGGUCUGAUUGCAGGCGAAAUGAGCCGCGCACGCCACUCCAUCUUUACCACGACCAUUGUCACGGGCCGCAGCGUGGGCAUCGGCGCAUAUCUCGCGCGCCUCGGCGGGCGUGUGAUUCAGGUAGAGACCUCGCCCAUGAUCCUCACUGGCUUCCAGGCACUCAACAAGCUCCUGGGCCGCGAAGUGUACACGAGCAACCUCCAGCUUGGCGGGCCGCAGAUCAUGUACACAAACGGUGUGUCGCACCUCAGGGUUGACUCGGACCUCGCCGCGAUGGGUGCCUAUUUGCGCUGGCUCGCCUACGUCCCUGUGCACAAAAACGCGCCGCUGCUUGUGCUGCCUUCGAGCGAUCCUGUGGAGCGUCCAGUGUCGUUUGUGCCCACCGCCACGCCCUACGAUCCGCGCGCGUUGAUCCAAGGCACAGAAGUCGACGGCGUGUAUUGCGCGGGCCUCUUUGACCGCGACUCUUUCCAGGAAACCUUGGCUGGCUGGGCUACGAGCGUGGUCGUGGGCCGCGCGCGCCUCGGCGGGAUUCCCUUUGGUGUGAUUGCCGUGGAAACGCGCACACUCGAGCGCAUCGUUCCCGCGGAUCCCGCCAAUCCCAACUCGACCGAGCAGCGCAUCUUUGAGGCUGGCCAGGUGUGGUACCCCAAUUCCGCGUACAAGACUGCGCAGGCCAUCGAAGACUUUGAGCACGAAGGCCUGCCCCUUGUGAUGCUCGCCAACUGGCGUGGGUUCAGCGGCGGGCAGCAGGACAUGUACGACGAGAUCCUCAAGCAGGGGAGCAAGAUUGUCGACGCCCUCUCCACCUACAGCCAGCCCGUCUUUGUGCACAUUCCCCCCGCCGCCGAGCUCCGCGGCGGCUCUUGGGUCGUGAUUGACUCUGCGGUGAACAGCAACGGGAUGAUUGAGAUGAGCGCCGAUACGGACAGCGCUCGUGGCGGCGUCCUCGAGGCCGCCGGCAUGGUCGAAAUCAAGUUCCGCGCGGACAAGCGCCGCGCCGCGAUGGACCGCCUCGAUCCAACCUAUGCACAGCUCGCCAACGCGCUGCGCGGAGCACAGGACGAAGCGCCCGUUCUCAAGACACGCCUCGAAGAGCGCGAAAAACAGCUCAGUCCUUUCUUUGUCGCCAUCGCCACCGAGUACGCAGACGCGCACGACCGAGCGGGGCGGAUGCUUGCCACAGGCGUGCUUCGGUGCGCCGUGCCGUGGGCCGACACACGCGCCUACUUCUUUUGGCGCACGCGCCGCCGACUCGCCGAAGUGCGCGUCCAGCAGGAGCUCCAGGCUGCGGACGCUGCGCUCUCGCACGACGCGUGCUACGCCAUCCUGCACAAAGCUGCAGCGUACUGCGACACGGACGCGGAUCAGGACGCUGUGCGCAGCAUCCAGGCGCAUGCCCCGCAAAUCGCCGCGGCCGUCACCCAGGUGAAGGUCGCAGCGCUGCAGGCACAGAUUGAUGCGUUGGAGUCGGAUAGCCGUGCCCGUUUGCUAGCAGACCUAUUGCCAUAG